AUGGAGACAAAAAUCUCAUAUAGUGCUCCCCCUUUACCUAAUGUAACAUCUACCACUGUAAAGGCAGAGUUAUUGCAAGGUGGCUCUUACCGCUUUCUUACGCGUCAAGACCUCCCUAAUUUGGAAACAGAACUUUCAUCUAGUGAUCUCUCUUCAUCUGAUUUACCAUCUACCCCAGCGAGGAGUCUACCGCAACGUCAGAAUACCCUUUCAAAUCCUAAUCGAAGAGUUGUUAAUUUGAAAAAGCUACAAACAUCUAAUGAUCCCUCUUCAUCUGAUUUACCAUCUACCCCAGCGAGGAGUCUACCACAACGUCGGAAUACCUUUUCAAAUCCUAGUCGAGAAUUCUAUCGCGUGUCAGUGAAAUUCCCUUCUAAUUAUCCCUCUUCGUCUGCUUCUCUAUGGGACUAUAUGGUGGAAUCAGAACUCCCAUAUAGUGGUCUCAAUUCGGCUGACUUUGUACAUGGCUCUAAGAUAGAAUCGGAUAUCCGAUCUAGUCAUCUCCCUUUCUCUGCUUCUCUGAAUAUGCCUACAAUAGCAGCAAGUCUUCCAGCCAAUAUUCUCUCAUAUAUAGCAACACAUCUCAAUAAGACAGACCAACGUGCCUGUGUACUUGUCUCCAAACGUUGGUCUGAGCCAUUUCUGGACGCUUAUUGGGGUAAACUCACAAUCGACGGCAAAGGAUUAGAUACCAUGUUCAACGAACACAACCUUAGAGAAGCCUAUCAAAAAAGAGCGCAUCGGACAUGGGCACUACACAUUGAUAAUGUAGACAUUGAUCUCGAAAAAUAUAUCCCUGAACUACAGAAAAAUUACCCCGAGAUAAAAUAUCUUUCAUGCAACAGUACAUUUCUACUAAGCGGAAAUAUACCAAAGAUAAGCGGUUUGAGUUGCUGGAGCUCAUUGUCACACCUAGAAAUGACUUUGACCCGUAAAUACAGUAAACUAAAAGAAAUUUUACCAAAAUUGUCGGUACUGUCUUGUCUCGUUUGUCUUACAAUCAAAGAAUGUUGUCCUUCACGGGAACAUUCUUUUUCAUACAACGACUUUGAAUCAAUUCAUGACCAUUUACCACGGCUGGACUAUAUCGAUAUUACUUGUACUCUUAAAAGAAUACCAGAAAACGACGCAAUACUAAGUCUACUAAGGCUAAUUGAGCCGGCAAUCACUGUUACAAAGAUAAAAUAUAACAGUUCGGACGUUGAUACGCUUUGGAUGUUUUACUUUGCACUCAAGUAUCCAAAUUUACAUAGACUUGAUAUCGGAGAAUCAGCUAGCAACAAAGGAAUAAAAGUAAAUCAAAAUCUCUAUGAGAACAAUAAAUAUGAGAAUCAACUUAAAAUACUGUCAACAUUGGAUCGAUUCUUUCCUUGUCUGAAAAGAGCAGAGACACCAAUAACAUCUCUCGCUGGCUGGCCUUUUAUUAUAUUCUACGAAACUCUGCACAAGUUUAGCGUAAAACUAGAACACGGCUCGUUUUUUCUCGACCACCUCAACAGCAACAAAAACAAUAUUGACGAUAAUAUUCUUAAAUACAUCAAGCCUGUCGCGGAAUCAUUAAAAGUUUUGAAGAUACAUACUUUCGCUCCAAUUAGACUUCAUUUCGACAAAUAUAUGCUUGACUUGGAUUUUAGAGCACUAGUCGAGUUAAACAUCAGCUUUGUCAAGUGUGUUGAAAUAGAAUGUUUAUUUGACUGUUUCCCAGUCUUAGAAACAUUGCGCGUAGACAUAUCUUUUGUUACUCUCACCAGCAACACAUAUGAUACACAAAUACCACACCCGUUAAAAAAACUGGAAAUCACGAAUUCGGUUGCCAGUAUAAACAUCUUCAGCUACAUAUCCUCCCGUUGUAGACAACUUAGAUUCAUGAGCUUGGAAGACAUCAAGUUUAAAGAAUCUCAUCUUGAUACAAACGGAAUUAUAUUGAUAUCUAUGCCUUUAUCACGCUUGGAUACAUUAAUCGCUUUUAACUUGGGAAAUGAACCUGAUUAUGUCAAACACUAUUCAAUCACACAAACAAAGUCUACAAAUGUUGAUCCAAUAAAUCAAGGUGACCAGGAAAAAACUUUGGAAAGAAGAUGGUAUCAUACGUGCUUUGACAAAACAAACAGAAAGCCAAGAGUUUUAGCAUGGGAGCUUGGAAAAAGGGACAUCGAAUUCGCCGAGAGAUAUUAUAAAGACUUUCAACGUAGAAGAUCGAGUGAAGGGGGGCGAGUCGACAUGGAACAAUACGAUGGCUUUGUACUAAGACGAUUCUGGAAAAGAGACUUUCAACAUGGUGCCGUAUCAUUUCGGUUUGAUUCCGUUAAAAACUACUUUCUUGUACGAGCAACCAAGAUAGAAAGUAAAGGGAAGCCAACAAAACAUUCCAACUCAACCAUAAAAACAAACAUAGUACUGCCUGAUAUACAACUUAGUAGGGAAGCUUCAAAAACUACAUUACGGAAUACCAGCUGGUCGAAUAAUUCCGAUAUCAUGAGCCUGUUAGUACGUGAGACAAAUUGUCUGGCAGGCACUUUAAGAAAAAUUUCACAAACAUCUAUAAACAGUAUAAGAUCCUCGAUAUACUCUAUUUCCUUAACAAAUGUUUACUCUUCCGUGAUGACUCCCUUUAUUGCUACAUAUUGUGAUAUAUGGUCUAUGAUCCGCAAUUUUGUUUUGAAAAAUAUAGUUUUUCAAUAA